AUGGCAUCUGCUCCAGCCACCAUGAAGAGGGAGAAGACUGUGUUUGCCAAUGAGAAAGAAGUAGCCAAAGCGAUGGCCGAGUACACAGCCACUCUCUCCGCCAAGUUCUGCAAGGAGAGAGGCUAUUUCACCGUCGUUCUCUCCGGUGGUGACCUCGUCAAUUGGCUCCGGUACGUACGAUAUUAA